AUGUCCCACUCAAAACUUGAUCCCAUCGCCAUCGUCGGCGGGGGCCCAUGCGGGCUAACAUUUGCACGUCUGCUCGAAACAGCCGGCAUCGACUACGUCGUGUUUGAGCGAGAAGCAUCGUCAAAGCCAACAUCACGUUUCCAGGGCGGCACCUUAGAUCUGCAUCUUGAAACAGGUCAGGAAGCCCUGCGUCGAGCGGGUCUAUCGGCGGAGUUUGAGACCCUAGCCCGCCGCGAUGCAAUGACAAUGACCGUCCAGGACUCUCAAGGCAACCACCGCACCACUUUUGGGGAGACCCGCGAUGCCCCGGAGAUCGACCGGUUGCAAUUGAGACAGAUGCUGCUUGACUCGAUCCCAGCGCGUUGUAUUCGUUGGGGCAAGACCCUUUGCUCUGUCGAGAACGACACCAAGAAGCCAUCGAGUGCCUCAAAUUGGGUCUUGCGCUUUACAGAUGACACGACUGAAAGUGGAUUCGGUCUUAUAGUUGGUGCUGAUGGGGCAUGGAGCAAACUGCGUCAAAUUAUCACACCGGCCAAGCCGCAGUAUUCAGGCAAGAUCUUUAUCGAAGGACGCCUCUCCCUCGACAAUCCUAAGUACAACGCAGCCUUUGAAAUGGUAGGCGCCGGUAAUUCUAUGGCCACCGGCGCUAAGCAGACCCUCGUCGUGCAACAAAUGGCUGAUCGGUCAUAUCGUGUAUACAUGGGCCUUGUUGCGCCAGAAGACAUUGCACGACCCGGUGGAGAAGUUGAUGUGACGGAUAUGGGCAAAGCGCGUGCUGCAAUGCUUGCACCAGGUGGACAUUUCGACAAUUGGAAGCCAGAACUACGGGCCUUCGUUGAGGCCGCCGAGGGGCCAUGGCGCGCUUGGCCUCUUUAUCGCAUGAACCCAGACUUUUUCCUGCCUGUGACUGGGAGUGAGAGCCAUGAUUCAGGUCGAUGGGUGUCUGCUCCAGGUGUCACAUUACUGGGCGAUGCUGCUCAUAUCUCGAUCCCAAAUGGCGAGGGCGUCAAUCACGCCAUGUAUGAUGCUUUGGUUCUAUUUGAGAGCAUCACCAAGGAGCUUCAUGGGGAGAAGGCCGCGCUUGAAUCCGAUGAGACUGGACAGGCGGCCCUCGGGCGGGCUGUCGUUGCAUAUGAAGCCGAGAUGCUUCCUCGAGCUCGUGAGUCUGUCCUACGCUCCAUUGAAGACGAGGGUAUGUUCUGGGGUGAGGAUGCCGCGUUUCGCUUGGUGCAAAUGUUCAAUGAGGCAGCAAAGCGAGGCAAUCCAGAUAUGUGA